UGGAGCGCUGGGCGGAGUGGCGCGAACGGAGGGUUGGGAAGAAGGGGGACGGGCGCGAACCCGGGCGCGGCCGGACCCUGGGGCCCCGUCCAGUCGCCGUCGCCCUCGGCCGCGCUGCGGGUGCCUGCUGCCAUGUCCUUCGUGCCGGUGCCCGCGGACUCGGACUUCCCGAUCCAGAACUUGCCCUAUGGCGUCUUCUCCACCGCGGGCCGGCUGAAACCCCGGAUUGGAGUGGCUAUCGGGGAUCAGAUCUUGGACCUCAGUGCCAUUGCACACCUCUUCACUGGACCUGUCCUCUGCCAGCACCAGCACGUCUUCCAAGAGUCAACUCUCAACAGCUUCAUGGGCUUGGGCCCGGCUGCCUGGAAGGAGGCGAGGGCAUACCUGCAGGACUUGCUGUCUGCCAGCCAAGCCAGGCUCAGAGAUGACACUGAGCUCCGGAAGCGGGCCUUCGUCUCCCAGACCUCUGCCACCAUGCACCUUCCAGCCACCAUCGGAGACUACACGGAUUUCUAUUCCUUCCGGCAACACGCCACCAACAUCGGUAUCAUCUUCCGGGGAAAGGACAACGCCCUCAUGCCCAACUGGCUGCACUUGCCUGUUGGCUACCAUGGCCGGGCCUCCUCCGUGGUGGUGUCCGGCACCCCAAUCCGAAGGCCCACGGGGCAGAUGAGACCUGACAAUUCCAAGCCUCCUGUAUACGGCGCCUCUAAACUCCUGGAUAUCGAGUUGGAAAUGGCCUUCUUUGUAGGUCCUGGGAACCGGUUUGGGGAGCCGAUCCCCAUCUCCAAGGCCCAUGAGCACAUCUUCGGGAUGGUUCUCAUGAACGACUGGAGUGCUCGGGACAUCCAGCAGUGGGAGUAUGUCCCACUGGGCCCAUUCCUCGGGAAGAGCUUUGGGACCACCAUCUCCCCAUGGGUGGUCCCCAUGGAGGCCCUCAUGCCCUUCGUCCUGCCCAACCCUGAGCAGGCCCCCCAGCCCCUGCCCUACCUCUGCCAUGACCGGCCGUAUUCCUUCGACAUCCGGCUCUCGGUCGCCCUGAAAGGUGAAGGCAUGCAGCAGGCCGCCACCAUCUGCACGUCCAAUUUUAAGUACAUGUACUGGACCAUGCUACAACAGCUCACGCACCAUUCCGUCAACGGCUGUAAUCUCCGGCCCGGGGACCUCCUGGCUUCUGGAACAGUCAGUGGGCCGGAUCCUGAGAGCUUCGGCUCCAUGAUGGAACUGUCGUGGAGAGGCGCCAAGCCCAUCACACUGGGCGCGGGGCAGAGCAGGACAUUCCUGCUGGAUGGGGACGAGGUCAUCAUCACAGGUCACUGCCAGGGAGAUGGCUACCGCGUGGGCUUUGGCCAGUGCAGUGGGAAGGUGCUACCGGCCCUCUCGCCUCUGUGACACACCCACCCAGCCUCGGCUGACCUUUAGCCCGGCCCGUGGGGCUGGAAUAAAGACCCAGUGUCCUGAA